AGUCACGAGGCUCCUCGUGUUUCAACGGGAAUGCUAAGUAUAAAUAGCGGGAGAAUCCCCCCCCUGAUAAACUGCACAGUGCGCUGCGCCUGUACUCUUUCCCUCCUUCCCCUUCCCCAUUUUUCUCUGAGCUCGUCAGAGCAACAGAGGAGCCAGAGCCAGAGCCAGAAAACUUCGUCAGUCUUCAAGUUUCUCUGCCUAAAAACCGAAAGGAAACCCUAGAAAUCCAACUUCUCUGUCUGGUAAACAUGGCGAAGGAAUCAACUGGAUCACCUCAUUUGCCCGGACCCCCUCCAUCAAGUGCUAAGCCUGAUCUGGCAAUCCAGCAUGUGGAUCAAGCUGACAUUCCGAAAUACUCUAUUGUGAGUAGGAAGGGAGUUGGAAAGCUUGGGCGUCAGAUACCUUUGCUGACAAAUCACUUCAGAGUUUCUGUUGGUGUUCCAGAUGCAGUCUUCUACCAGUACACUGUUUCGAUUAGUUAUGAAGAUAAGAGACCUGUCGAAGGAAAGGGAAUUGGUAGAAAGCUGAUUGACAAGCUUUACCAAACAUAUUCUUCUGAAUUUACUGGUAAAAGGUUUGCCUAUGACGGUGACAAGACUCUCUAUACUGUUGGACCUCUACUGUUCAAGAAGCAAGAGUUCACUGUGGUUCUUGAGGAUUCUAUUGCCAAGGGCGAGCAUGGAAGCCCAUCCUCAAAAAACAAGAGGACAAAGUGUUCUAUUGGCUCGAAAAGCUUUAACAUAGAAAUCAGUUAUGCUGCGAAAAUCCCAUUAAAGCCCAUUGCUCUUGCCCUCAAAGGUAAUGAGGCAGAUAUUGGUGGCAUUCAAGAUGCUGUGAGAGUACUGGAUAUCAUACUGAGGCAGCAAGCAGCCAACAGGGGCUGCCUUUUGGUAAGACAGUCGUUCUUUCAUGAUGAUGCAAGAAACUACACUGAUGUUGGGCAGGGCGUAAGUGGCCUAAGAGGUUUCCACUCUAGCUUCCGUACCACUCAGGGUGGUUUUUCACUCAAUAUGGAUGUUUCCACGACAAUGGUCUAACUCCCGGGCCAGUGAAAGAAUUCUUGUUGGUGAAUCAGAAUGUGAGAGAACUUCGAGAGAUUGACUGGGACAAGGCUAGGAGGAUGUUGAAGAAUUUGAGGAUUAAGGCAACACACAACAAUAGGGAAUUUAAGAUCAUAGGUUUGAGCGAGAUGCGGUGCAAUCAGCAACUUUUUUCAAUGAAAGUGAGGAACAGUGAUGGCACAAAUGGGGAUGCAGAGAAUGUUGAGAUGACAGUUUAUGAGUAUUUUACCAAACAUCGUUCUAUACCAUUAACCUAUUCAGGAUUCUUGCCUUGCUUAGACGUUGGCAAGCCAAAAAGGCCAAAUUUUCUGCCAUUGGAGCUCUGUUCAUUGAUUUCACUCCAGCGAUACACAAAAUCCUUAUCAUCAAUGCAGAGAGCAUCUUUGGUUGAAAAAUCAAGACAGAAACCUCAGGAGAGAAUAAGAACUGUUACUGAUGCUAUGAGAACAUAUCGCUAUGAUGAAGAUCCACUGCUCUCUGAAUGUGGCAUCUCGAUAGAAAAGAAAUUGACAUCUGUCAAUGGACGUAUCCUUGAUACCCCGAAGUUGAAGGUUGGUAAUAGUGAGAACUGCUUCCCAAAUAAUGGUCGUUGGAACUUCAACAAUAAGUUGCUUCUGAAAGCAACGAGCAUUAAGCGGUGGGCUGUUGUCAACUUUAGUGCUCAAUGUGAUACUAGUCGCCUGUCCCGUGACCUGAUCAACUGUGGAAGGAAAAAGGGCAUUGAUAUUGAGGGUCCCAAGAGUUUAAUCGAUGAAUAUCCUCAGCUUAGAAGAAGCAGUCCUCUUGCUAGAGUGGAAAGUAUGUUUGAGCAAGUUAGAGACAAGCUGCCUGGUCCGCCUGAAUUCAUCCUGUGUCUCUUGCCACAAAGAAAAAAUUCUGAUAUUUAUGGGCCGUGGAAGAAGAAAUGUCUAAGUGAUUUCGGAAUUGUUACACAGUGCAUUUCUCCACCACGUGUUAUUAAGGAUCAAUAUCUUACAAAUGUACUUCUGAAGAUCAAUUCAAAGCUUGGAGGGAUAAAUUCUAUGCUGGAAGUUGAACUUACUCGAGCCAUUCCCUUGAUAACUCAAACACCAACAAUGAUUUUGGGGAUGGAUGUAUCCCAUGGUUCUCCUGGUCGGUCGGAUGUUCCAUCUGUUGCUGCGGUUGUUGGAUCCCUCGAAUGGCCUUAUAUCACAAAGUAUAGAGCAUCAGUGAGAACUCAGUCUCCUAAGUUGGAGAUGAUAGAUGCUCUCUACAAGCCUACAGCCAAUGGCACAGAUGAUGGCAUCAUGAGGGAAUUGUUCAUUGAAUUCUAUAAGACAAGUGGUGCCAAACCUAAACAAAUUGUUAUUUUCAGAGAUGGAGUGAGCGAGUCACAGUUUAAUCAGGUGUUAAACAUUGAGCUGCCCCAGAUUAUCAAGGCCUACCAACAUCUAGGUGAGACUGAUGUGCCAAAGUUCACAGUGAUUAUCGCGCAGAAGAAUCACCAUACUAAGUUAUUCAAGGCUGAAGGCACUGACAAUGUUCCUCCUGGGACGGUCGUGGACACAACCGUUGUACAUCCCAGAAACUAUGACUUCUACAUGUGUGCUCACAAUGGCGCCAUCGGUACCUCAAGGCCAGCACACUAUCAUGUAUUGGUUGAUGAGAUAGGCUUCUCUCCUGAUGUUCUACAGAACCUCAUCCACUCUCUCUCCUAUGUCUACCAGAGAAGUACAACAGCAAUCUCUAUCGUGGCUCCCGUUUGCUAUGCCCAUCUGGCAGCCGCACAGAUGGGACAGUUCAUGAAGUUCGACGACAUGUCGGAGAAUUCUUCUGAAGUCGUGACAUCUGCAGGAGUUGCUGCUGUUCCGGAGCUCCCUAGGUUGCACAAAAACGUCGAGGCUUCAAUGUUCUUCUGCUAGAGAUGCUCUCUUCCGCCACCAACCAACAUCUUCCCGUACAUAUCGGCUCCUCUUUUGUAGAGAUUCUUGGCAGAGUACAGAAUGCCAAGCCUAUUUUACAGGAAUACAUAAGGUUACUCUUUUAGCUAGGGUACAGCUCAAUUGCUACUACUACUGAAACCUCUGGCGGUUCUAUAUUUUGACGGAAACAACCUCCCAGCUCUCAUGAAGCGCGGUGACAAGUUUUGUAAUGUAAUGAAUGGUUUAUUAUGAUAGGGCGGUUUGAUAUUUAUGUUCUGUUUACCUUUCUCCA